AUGCAACGAGCAAGUGACCUUCCUGCAGUCUCAAUAUUUAUUGCGAAUAAAAUCAUUGAUCGUGCACGUUCAGCUAUGAACGAACUGUGCAAAAUAGGAAUUGCAGAAAACAAUGUAUGGCAUCAACAUAGGGAACAUAGGUACGAAAUUCUCGAUGAUUUUGAAUAUUUGAAACAAUUUGGCUGUGUUGAUGCAACAUUAUUGGAGAUUGUUAAGUUGGUUGAAGUUGGAGAGCUUCAAACUUUACCUAGUUUUGAUUUGUGUCGAAACCAAAAUUCAAUGUAUACAAUGGAAGUUUUUGAACAAGGUUUGCAGAUUGAAGCUUCUCGGGACAAGGCAUUGAUUAAGAUAAGUCCAACUAAACUAGUUGAAUUACUUAUGGAUGUGAAUCAAUGGUCGACGGCAUUUUACAACAUUGUCUCAGGAGCAAGGAUUCUAGGAAGCAUAGAAGGAAGCUAUGAUGAAAAAAUGCAUGUGAUGAGUGCAGAAUUUCAUUUACCAAGUCCUGUUAUACCAACUCGGAAGUGUGUUUUUGCAAGAUAUAGCAAACAAUUCACUCAUAACAUAUGGGCUGUUGUUGAUGUAUCUUUGGAGGACAUUUUACAAUCUCCUUCUAACAAUUUUCAUAAAAGACCUUCUGGCUGUUUGAUUGAAGGAAUGCCCGAUGGAAACUCCAAGGUUAUAUGGUUGGAGCACGUGGAAGCAGACUAUAGUAAAUUGAGUGAUCUUUUUAGGCCAUUAGUUACCUCAGCUUUGGCUUUUGGUGCAACACGUUGGCUAACUUCCAUUGUCCGAUACAUUGAGUGGUCUGAAACACUGAAGGCUCCAAAACUUAUUGCAGAUGCUGGAGUUCUUAUACCACAAAUUGGGAGGACAAGUUUCUUGAAAUUGGCCGAUAGAAUGAUGAGAAGAUUCUGUGCCAAUCUUGGUUCCACCACUAAGAAUCCAUGGAUUCGACUAGCUCCUCUUCCUGCUGGUUCAGCAGAUAUUAGAGUUAUGAUUGCAAAUGAUAUGGCUGGUAGUACAAAUGAGCCUAUUGGAACAUCACUGUUUUUUUGUACUACUCUUUGGCUUAAUGUCUCCCCAAAUCGAUUAUUCAACUUCCUUCGGCAUGAGAAAUCCAGAAGCAAGUGGGAUAAACAUUCACAAAACCUUUCUAUUCGAGAAUUCGCAUGCAUUCUCACCGGCAAACAUCCAGAGAAUCGUGUUUCUUUGCUUAGAGCAAGGGACAAGAAUGAAAUAUUUUACCUACAAGAGAGUUACAAAGAUACAACAGCUUCCUACGUGAUUUAUUGUCCUUUAGACGAGCAAAAGUUGACACAUCUUGCAACUGGAUCGAACCCAGACGAUGUAGUUGCUUUUCCAUCAGGGUUUGCUAUUAUCCCAGGAGGGUUACCAAGAGAUGGUGAUAAAGGAAAAGGAAAUGCCAACAGUACUGCUAACGAUGAAAGUCUUCUAACUAUCUCAUUUCAUAUCAUUGGUAAAGCCAACAAUGCUGCAUCAAUCCCUCCGGAAUCAGUUCAAACCAUCUAUAACAUGGUUACAGAAACAAUGGCUGCUAUAAAAGAUGCAGUGUCGUAUCAUAGUCGACUCAACAACUGGGAUCAAGAUGAAGUGGCAAAUAGCUUGGCAGCAUAG